CCUAGUGUCUUGGACCCCUCGGAUGUGCAGGAAACCCCCUGAAGACCUGCUAUCAGUGCUGUCCUAACUCUACCCCAACCCUACUGCCCACUUAAUUUCCAACAACAGUAGAAAUCAAAAUCAAUACAAACAAAAGCAUCUUAAAAAAUCAAAAUCGACAUUAAUCAUUACAAUUAGAAAAAAAUAAAAAUGGAAUUCUGACAAGCCUAGGCACAGAUAAGAGAAAGUUAAUCAGUACAGUAAGAUACAUAAAAGCUACUGACAAGAAGUCCCUGUAUUAGGGAAAAUCAGGAAAAAUUCUACAUAGAGUGGUAUGAUUGAAGUACAAAAAUCAAUUAGAAAAGAGGCAUGAUGACAUAAAAAUAGCAUGGACAGCUAAAGUUACCUAAAAUGAAGCUUGCAUAUGCAUAUUGUAUGGGUUAUGUAAGACACAAGGCUUAAUGUUGAUUGGAUAGUCAGAUAAUAUGGAAAGGUAUAAAUAGUUUAGUGUGUAAUGGGGUAAAAUCCUCAGGAAAAAUCCAUUGUGACCUGCCUAUGCCCCAGGAGAAGGUAAUUGAUUGAUAGUUUUUUUCCUAAAUAUCUGUCAUUCACUGCUUUUAUAGUCAUUGUAAAUGUGAGGCCAUGCUCUUGGUUCAAGUAAUAGAAUCAUAGAAGAUUAGGGUUGGAAGAGACCUCAGGAGGUCAUCUAGUCCAACACCCUGUUCAAAGCAGGACAAACCCCAACUAAAUCAUCCCAGCCAGGGCUUUGUCAAGAUGGGCCUUAAAAACCUCUAAGGAUAGAGAUUCCACCACUUCCCUAGGUAACCCAUUCCAGUGCUUCACCAGCCUCCUAAUGAAACAGUUUUUCCUAAUAUCCAACCUAGACCUCCCCCACUUCAAUUUGAGACCAUUGCUCCUUGUUCUGUUAUCUGUCACCACUGAAAACAGCCUAGCUCCUUCCUCUUUGGAACCCACCUUGAGGUAGUUGAAGGCUGCUAUCAAAUCCCCCCCUCACUCUUCUCUUCUGCAGACUUAAUAAGCCCAGUUCCCUCAGCCUCUCCUCAUAAGUCAUGUGUCCCAGCUCUCUAAUAAUUUUCAUUGCCCUUUGCUGGACUCCCUCCAAUUUGUCCACAUCCUUUCUGUAGUGGGGGGCCCAAAACUGGACACAAUACUCCAGAUGUGGCCUCACCAGUGCCAAAUAGAGGGGAAUAAUCACUUCCCUUGAUCUGCUGGCAAUGCUCCUACUAAUGCAAUCCAAUAUGCUGUUAGCUUUCUUGGCAACAAGGGCACACUGUUGACUCAAAUCCAGCUUCUCAUCCACUGAAAUCCCCAAGUCCUUUUCUGCAGAACUGCCACUUAGCCAGUCAGUCCCUAGCCAGUAGCAGUGCAUGGGAUUCUUCCUUCCUAAGUGCAGGACUCUGCACUUGUCCUUGUCUAGAUUUCUUUUGGUCCAAUCCUCCAAUUUGCAUAGGUCACUCUGGACCCUAUCCUUACCCUCCAGCGUAUCCACCUCUCCCCCCAGCUUAGUGUCAUCUUUGAACUUGCUGAGGGUGCAAUCCAUCCCAUCAUCCAGAUCAUCAAUGAAGAUGUUGAACAAAACCAGCCCCAGGACAGACCUCUGGGGCAGUCUGCUUGAUACUGGCUGCCAACUAGACGUUGAUCUGCUGUUGAUCACUACCCGUUGAGCCCGAUGAUCUAGCCAGUUUUCUAUCCACCUUAUAGUCCAUUCAUCCAAUCCAUACUUUUUUAACUUGCUGGGAAGAAUACUGUGGGAGAACAUAACAAAAGCUUUGCUAAAGUCAAGAUAUAUCAUGUCCACCGCUUUCCCCAUAUCCACAGAGCCAGUUAUCUCAUCAUAGAAGGCAGUCUGGUUGGUCAGGCAUGACUUGCCCUUGGUGAAUCCAUGUUGACUGCUCCUGAUCACCUUCCUCUCCUCCAAGUGCUUCAAAAUGGAUUCCUUGAGGACCUGCUCCAUGAUUUUUCCAGGGACUGAGGUGAGGCUGACCGGUCCCUGGAUUCUCCUUCUUCCCUUUUUUAAAGAUGGGCACUAUAUUUGCCUUUUUCCAAUCAUUCGGGACCUCCCCUAAUCACCAUGCGUUUUCAAAGAUAAUGGCCAAUGGCUCUGCAAUCACAUCAGCCAACUCCCUCAGCACCCUCGGAUGCAUUAGAUCUGGCCCCAUGGACUCGUGCAUGUCCAGCUUUCUAAAUAGUCUUUAACCUGUUCUUUCACCACUGAGGGCUGCUCACCUCCCCUCCAUACUGAGCUGCCCAAUGCAGCAGUCUGGGAGCUGAUCUUGUCUGUGAAGACCGAGGCGCAAAAAAAAAAAAAAAAAAAAAGCAUUGAGUACUUCAGCUUUUUCCACAUCAUCUGUCACUAGGUUGCCUCCCCCAUUCAGUAAGGCUCCCACACUUUCCCUGACCUUCUUUUUGUUGCUAACAUACCUGUAGAAACCCUUCUUGUUACCCUUCACAUCCCUUGCUAGCUGCAACUCCAAUUGUGCUUUGGCCUUCCUAAUUACACCCCUACAAGCGUGAGCAAUAUUUUUAUACUCUUCCCUUGUCAUCUGUCCAAGUUUCCACUUCUUGUAAGCUUGCUUUUUGUGUUUAAACUCACUGAAGAUUUCUCUCUUAAGUCAAGCUGGUCACCUGCCAUAUUUGGUAUUCUUUCUGCACAUCGGGAUGGUUUGUUCUGCACAUCAGGAUGGUUUGUUCCUAUAUUUCAGGAACCCCUUGGUCAAAGGGCUCCCAAUUUGAAUCACUAACUGAACCCUGCACCCACAUGAGGCACUCUAAAUUUCAUAGUGAUCUGAGUAACCAUGUAGAUUUUAGAGCACCUAUAAGCGUUGAACUUUAAACAGAAAGUUGGUCUUAACCAGAACUACAGCAGAGCUGUCGAUCUGCUAGAAUGUGCAAUUUUACGUGGUAUGUUGUGUCCCACAAAACUGUAUUUCCUUAUUCAUCACCAUGCACCACAACUGCACUUCAUUGUGUUGACUGAUGGAAGGAUUACUUCCAGCAGGUCAUCAUGACUCACACUGUGAUAAGAAGGAGAGGUGAAUUUACACCCAAAAGCACAACAAACCUCUUAUUUCUUAUUGAUAUGGAUCACAAUGGUCUAUUCUUGCCAGGGGGAUUUGUAGCAAUCUGGUAAAAUAUAUGACACCGUACUACACUACACUAAGUGCCAUUAAUGUUACAAAGGGAGUCCUUCCUAGUCUCUUGUAUGCUGUAUAGGUUCUUAUAUGGUCUUCAUUGCCCUCGUAUCAGAGUACCUUUCAGUAGAACAUUAAGUGACUACACAUCAGUCACAUGUUUGUUCUCUCAUCCUCUCCUCCAGAAGGAGAAGCACAUACAGUGGCAUGUCAUGUUUUUGUUGCUAUAUGUAUAAAUUAGUUUUAACAGCACACUGAGAAAGCACAGGAUGGUGGUGGAAUGAGCCUUUGGUUGAGAGAAGACAAGACGGUGUUAUCUACAGUCACUUGGACUGCAAUAUGUGUACAAUGUGACUGAUCUCAGUGGGGACUGCUGUACACAGCACAAUAUAUCUGAGCAUAAGGAAGGGUUCUUUGGCCAUCAAUGGGUUGGUGACUGUGAAUUUUUACAGGCCCUGUACAAGCAAGAAGAAAGUACACCUCUGUUUUGAGUGAGAAUGCCGCAGACUAAGGCUGGGCCUAGGAGAGCAAGGGCAGUAAGGGAUGCCUUGUGUCCCCUCAUCUUAGAUUUAAGGGAGAAAUUAAUUAAUGUGAGCACUGCAUUAGUGCACCAUAUCAAUUCAUGUAUAGCUAGUCAAAUAAUCAGUUGCAUGUAUUAUUAACCAGAGAAUUCAUUCAAAUCCUGAUUUUUAAGUUGCUGUUUCUCCGUAAGAAUUUUGCACAAGACAAACACCAAAGGAUUGUAGUACACAAAAUAUUUAUUGCAGGUUUCUAACACAGGGAGCCCAACUGUCAUAAAUUAACAGGCAUUUGCAAAACCACUCAACCCUAAAACAGCCCAAACUAGAAAAAGUAAAGUAUGCACAAACAGGAAACAUCAAAACUUUAUGACGUGUAAAUCAUCAGUGUACCUGCUUUCCUCCUCCUGUGUAGACAGAGUAUGGGGUGCAUUGGGUACUGCUGACCAUGUGCACUUCCAUGCAUGGACUGAGGCACCAAGUGGCUGAGCCCUCCGCCCCAAUUGUACAGUGGCCAAAGAACAUAGCAGUGUGGUGUGGAUGCAACCAGAGCUGGUGGGACAUCAAGGUGGGUUUUUGCGUUACCCUCUGACCAGCUGGUUUCAUGCUCAGAAGAUGUCUUCCUAGUCACUAUUCUCAAACAGAAUGUGUUAUAUUGGACCUGAGAAUUGCUGGUACUGGAAAUAAAGUUAAAACAUGACGGUUGAAUGCUUAGUCAGCAGAUACUAAUUGGUAGGUGAUUUCUGAUCUAGAAGGAAGGAAUAGAUUGAAAACAAGAGAAGAUAGCCCAGUGGGAACAGAACAGUGGCAAAGCAAAGAAGGGUUAGCAGAACUUGAAUGUCACUAGGCGACGUUCACACAACAGGGUGAUUGUGUCAGCAGCUGACAGGGCUUUAACCUGUAUAUCCAUUGAUGCCAUUUAUUUGAGGUACUAGAACCAAAACACACAAAAGUGUGGCAUUAUGUGUAUGUGUGUGUAACAGGAAUUAGUUAACAGAAAUAACUGAUUUAUAAUGUGAGUUAACUUGGCAGUGAAGAAAAGCCCCUACAUUUAACCAUUUGUCUACUCCAGACAAGAUAUCAUAUAUUUGCCUUAUGAUUACACCUAUUUAUCCUGCUAAGGAUUUCUUUUGGGCCAUUAUCUUUGGUUAGACCUGCCUGAGCAUUGUGCAUGGUGAAGUGUGUGCCACCAAACUGGUGGAACUGCUCUGAGCAAUAGUGCAGCAGAAAGGACAGAGAGGGUUCAUGACCCUGUGUGAAUGCCAGUGCAGAUGUGGGGUUUUGAUGGUAGCUGACAAUAUACAAGUAUUAGGACUGGUCUAUAUGUAAAAGUUUAGCCAGAAUAGCUAUAUCACACCUAUAAUCUAAAACUAUGUGGGCAAAAGCCCUAAGUGUAGAUGUAGUCAUCCAGGAAAACAUAAGAUAUACUGGCAAAAGAAUUAGCAAACAUAAAGACUAACCUACAACAGCAAGCUUAAGGGUAGUCAGACUUACGGACCCACAAAAUCUGUGGCUUUUAAAGUAACCAUCACAUACUAUUUUCUGCACAGAACAGCUGCCUCAUUCAGCUCCAGGAUGGAUAGUGGUUCAUGGAAUAAAUCAGUGGUGAAGGAGGUUGUUGUCCACAGAACCUCUUCAUCAUUUCUUGAAGAAGUUGGAAGAUUGCCAAGGCCCCUGGGUCUCUCUGAACACUGACAAAUGCAUAGCUGGACAGCAAGCUGGCUCACCUGUGUGUUAGUACAGUUAAAAUAGGUGUUAGAUUUAUAGAGGUGUGUUUAGUAUUUGGACUUUAUGAAAUGCUUGUAAGUUGCUGCAUGUCUUAAUCUCACUUAUAAUAUCUUUAUCCGAUGCUAUAAGAUAAUAUUUAAGUGUUUGCUUUGUAACUAUAAAAGUGUUUGCUCUAAAACUAUAAACUGGCACGGUCAGGAUAGAAGCAUUACCAAGUGUGAAGUACAAGUUCUUUGGGACUGGGAGUAACCUGAAUAUUGUGGUGAUUUUUGGUGUAAGACACCAUCUGGCACAAAGGCAGGUUUGCUUUCGGAGGCUUGCUAUAGUGCUUUAGGAGCUCACACUGAUUACUUAGUUGGUGAAAUGUAAUUAUAGAACAUACAACCAGUUUGUGGUUCUUGCCUUGUUCCUUGACAGUCUGCCCUGAGGUUGGCACUCAUGCGCCUGAGCUACUCUAGGCAGCUCAACAGUGUAUACUAUCUGAAGUAUUGGUACAGGCGAAUCUAGACCUUCCCAUAAAUAAAGUGCCUACCCCUCAACUAAGGGGCCAGGGGGAACCACUAAGCCCAGGCUGCAAAUGAUUAUGGGGGACAAAAAGGAGAAAGCAGGAUUUUGAGUAAGGUCAAAGAUUGAAAAUCAGGGAUCCGCAAGGGGUACCAAGCAGAGGAACCCCGACAACCCCCACUACUAUUCAAAGGAGUCUACAAAGUCAGUGGACAGCACCCAGAGGAAUUCAUCCCAGAGACACGAGCAGACAAGGGACAGGAAACAGGCCUGGCAGUUGCAGAGUACCCCCAUUCAGCUUCCUCCUCCUGGAGGGAUGGAUGGCCAUCUUGGCCAUUGCCAGGAGGAGGUUUAUGGGGAGGACCUAUGAGUGCGAGGCCAUAGGCAGGGUGUUCACAGACCAGGAGGCAUGGGGAAAAGUGCAGCCAGAAUCUCAAUAAGAGAUUCUGGGGGAGCUGGGAAAGGAGCUGAAACCUGAUGCCCCCUUUAUAAAUGUGUGCCAGUGUAGCCCUCUUGUCGCAGAAGGAAUCGGUGUCAGAGGAGAUAGUGAAUGACUCCAGUUGGAAGGCAUGCACUGUUUGAAAGUAAAGUACUGGUGUGGGUGGGUCUGGGUUUGCCCAAAACUAAAUGCCCUCCCCCUCGGAAAAGGAAGGGGCCAUUAAAACUAGGUUUCAAUUGAUUUCUUGGGACAACUAAUGAAAAAACAGGAUUGGGAGCGCAGGUCAUAAGGUAAUAAUCAGGAAUCUGGUGGGGGACACGAAGCAGAAAGUUCCUGACAGCGCCCACUGCUCCUCAAAGGUGUUCAGGGAGUCAGUAGACACUGUUGGGAGUGAAGGUAUAUUUAGGCCUGACAGAAGCCUGCUGUGGAUUUUAAGAGUCUGUUCUGAUAAUGUUCAACUACGUAAGCAUAAGUAGGACUGGGCAUGUGUAAGAAAUUGCAAAGUCAUCAUAUUUAAAUUGUGGGAACAAGAAAAGAUAAAGUAACUAAAAAGCUGGAAAAGAUCAGUUUGAACUAACACUAUACCUGUCUUGACAGGGGAGGAGAGUUAACAUGGAUAUGAGAGACUAAUACCAAUGUAUAAGAAAAGCUACCAAAAAGUUCUAAAUAAGUUUGUGUAACAAAAGGUGGUUGAAGCUGUAUUGUCCAGUGCUGGAAGCAACUGUGAUGAGAUGGUCCUAAUGAGCGUCCCGCAGUAAACCUCAACUCAACAGACAUGGCCCAGAGAAACUCUGUCCAGCAUCGUGAGUGGACAAGGGAACGGACAUAGGCCUCCCCAGUCGCAGAGCACCCCUUACUCCCCCAUGCAGCUUCCUCCUCUUGGUAUGAUGCAUGGCCAUCUUGGCCAGCACCAGGAGAAGGUUGGUAAGGAGGUCCCAGGACUUUGCAGGGCCACGGAUGAGGUGUGCCAGGAUCGGGAGGUGUGGAGAAAAAAUGCAGCCAAAAUCUCAGUAAGAGGUUCUGGAGGAGCCGGAAGAGGGCUGCAACCUGACACACCCUAGGUAGAGGUGUGCCAUGGUCUCUGGCAAACAGGGGUCAGGGUAGUUAGUGAACUGCAUCACGUGAAGUGUGUAGUCAAUAAGGCAUGGGAUUACAGGAAGAGAAGCAAAGGCCUCAUGGUUAUGACAGUUGAAUGCUACCCUGGAGAACUGGAUUCUAUCCUGGCCUCUCUCAUAGAGUUCCUAUGUGAUGCAGGGCAAGUCACUUAAACCACACUUUUUAGAGGUGGUCAUGAAUUGUGUGUUCCUUAUUUUUUCUGUGCCUUACUUGAGCCCUUUUGUCUGAUUUGCAGAAGUGCUGAGAGCUCAUAGCUGCAUCUGAGCAAAAUGGGAGCUCUGGUUGUAUAUAUUAUGCUAAGUACUCUGAAAAAUCAGGCCCUAGCCAUCUGGAAUCAGGCACCCAAAAUCCAUGGAUGUUUUUUCUUUAAUCUCUGUGUUAUUUGGCUCCUCAGAGAAAUUGGAUUAAUCAUGUCACCUCAACUCACAGGGGAAUUCUCUAAGAUUAAUUAAUAUUUGGGGAGCAUUAUAAUACUAUGGUGAUGAAAGCCUGUGAGAAAUAAAUAAUUGUGUUCAGAGGAAGGUCCGAAGAGUGUGUAGCAAAUAAAAAUAUUUCCAAUAGGCUUUUUUCUUUCCUUGUUCAGUUCAAAUGUUAUAUCAAGACUGUAUUUUGGCAGUGUGUAACAUACUGUUCUCAUUUAUUAUGUUAAGAGACAUGUCACAUUUUAGACAUAUUUACAGCUGGACUUGUCACUUGCUAUCUGUCCAGUCCCUUGUAUUAAAAAGUUGAGUUUCUAUUAGAAAGUUCUAGCUUUUUGCUCUGCGGGGGGGGGGGGGGGGGAAUAAUCUGUUAUUCAAAAUACAAGUAAUCUUAAUGUAAAAGUUACAGAGAUGAACAAAGAAUAUUUAUUAUUGUAUUGCUAUUGUAUGUUUUUUGUUGUUAAUAGUAAAUACGGCAAUGUAACAAUAUUUUAAAAUUCUGCAGCUUGAAAAGGAGUGUCCGUUAGAUGGCAGUAGAGGAUAAUACAUGAGAAAGGAUGACGCAUUUUAUUUUCUUCAGUGUCCUAGAACCCUUAGUGAUCAUUUUAAUCCAUGCUUUCUAAAGAUCAGCAGACGCAUAGUUAAAUUGUGUUUUAGUAGCAGAGUUAGCAUUAAGGUGUAUUACAAUUUGAUAUACACAUGUGACAGCAAAAAAGUUAUUUUCUUUAAGCAAUUUCGAAGCCUUUCCCACACAAAAUAAUUCUAUUUAUCAGUUAUAUAAAUGAAUUCCUUUUCCUGUCGUGGAAAAGGACUCUGGGUUUCUGCUUGAUUAUUUGUACAGCCAUUCAAUCAGUAUUCAGACUACUUACAGUACGGUACAGCAAAGGGAAUAAUAAUACUGGAAAAGGAACAUACUUCCUAAUGAACGGACGUAAUGAACGAAAGAAAAUAAUACGGUAUCCGAUAAUACAAGAGGGCCCUGCUCUAUCUUUGGAUGAAAUACAGUACAUUAGUUCUCCCUUCGCACACUUGGGGAAAUGGCGACGAAUGCUGGGGAGCAGAAGAAAGGUGAUGUGUCCCGAAACCUGAUUGGUCAGAUUUUACUGCAGACUGCAAAUCCAUAAAAACCAAAGGAGCAGUUUGAAACCAAAAUAGGCACAAAAGUGAAGCAGUUUUACCAGAAGAUCCUCCAGAAGGCAAAAUAAGGUAAUGGCAAAUGAAAAAUGCCAUUUGACAGCUGCUCUUAUUUAAACAAUUAACAGAGACGCCAGGUAUUGUCGGAAAAUCAGAGAUUCCUUUGAAUUAAUAAUUAGUAGAGGUAGGAUUUGAUAAUUUGCCAAAGUUUGAAAAAAUGAUUAUAUGUAUAUAUAUUGCGGAGUCUAAAUGGAAUAAUGCUCAGACAAUGGCAAGCGCAAGGGCCGGGCUAAUAAGCCGCCACUUUUUUUCUAACUCAAGCAUCAUGAAGACAGAGGCUAGUGGGGGAGGAUAACAGAGAAUAGAUCCCGCCCAUGUUUUUCUUGAUAGUUUUCAAUCAGGUCGUCCCCACGGAUCUCUGCCUCAGGUGAUGUUUCAUUGCACAAACUAUAGUCUAAACUAGACUCGGUAAACGGUAACGGAAAGUGCUUCUCCAUAACGUCCACGGUAUUUCAAAGCUUGGAUCGCUGUAGGGGUAUAAAACGUAUCUCGAAGAGAAUGCUGAAGAAACUUGAAGAUUGUGAUCUGUUAUACUGUUAGCUUCAUUGAGCACGUUUUACUUUUUCCUUCUCCCAGUUAGACCAAAACAUCAACAAUACAAAGGCCCUUUUCAAAGCCUCCCUAGAUUUUCACAAUAAGAACUGUUACUUUUAGUAACUUCUUUCAAACGUGUGGGGAAAGACUUUUACCUUACACAUCAAAUCGUUUAUUAUUACGGGAUAAUUCCCAAUUUCUUAAUCUUUACCAGCAAUCUGUUCACAGCCAUUGAUCUAUGAGAAACAUUGUAUGAAAGCAGCUGUCUGCUUUCUAGUUCCAUAUAAAUAUAUAUAUACACAUAGAAAUCUGAAACAAAAAAUUGAAUGCUAGCUGAUACCUAUAAGAGGUCUGAGGAGAAAACUCACAAAAAGUCUAACUCAGUUCUUUCCUGUCCUAUGUGGUACUUAAUUUUUAAUUUGUACCAUAUUCAGAGAAUAGAUUUAAAUAAAAGUGUUAAAGUGAUUUUAAUAAGGGGUAGGUGGUUCUGAAUACUGUCUAGAGAAAAAGACCCUUUUCAGGGAGAUGGCCUUGGUGCUCUCAGAGCUACUGUUUGGGCAGCCGGCUUGCAGCAGCGGCAGAGGGACAGCAAGCUCUAUCUCCUAGGAAGGGAUACCCAAGGACUUUCCAGUCCAGGCUAGAAAGCUUAGUUAAAACUAUUCCUGGCACAGCAGCUUCUGCCUCCAAAGGGGGGCGGGGGAGGGGGGAACCCGUGAGUAAGGGAAAUGGAGAAACUGGGGAUAAGUUAGAGUCCAAAAUACCUUUUCUAUCUGGCUAGUGGGCCCGUGAUUUGACACAUUGAUUAGUUUGAAAAGUCCACUCUUAACAGAUGAGUUAGUGAUAACCCUCCCCUGUAUGUCCUCCUAGGGACUAUUCAUAACUACUUAAACAAUCUCUACCCCUGCGGGUCGGAGGUGGGAGUUUGAGUACUCCUUUAGUAUAAAAUUGUGGGGGGGGGGGGGGGGGAGGGCGAGUAUCUAAUGAUUUGUGUCCUAUUUUUCCACUGAUUUGUUAGUCUCUAAGGUGCCACAAGUCCUCCUUUUCUUUUUGCGGAUACAGACUAACACGAUUGCUACUCUGAAAUUUAUUAAACCAAGUAGAUUAUUGUGAACAGAAACAGAUCAGGCUGUAAAAUAGAAAUUUAAUCCUUUUACUAGGUAAGUAUUGCAACGCAAGUGAUUACUGUUUAAAAAUUCCUUCGGUCUCGCGUGUUUAAUUAAGGUUUCAGGAAGGACGAAAGGACUAAAGGUCUCAGGCUCAAAGUGGGGUUAGAAUUGAAGGAUCAUCCAACCCUCCAAAUAACCACAAACUGAAACAUGAAACACAAUGAAAACGGGGAGAUUUUAUUGUGUUUCAAUAGAACAAUAAACAAACUAGGGUUUAGUUAUUACCCUUCUCUGUCUCCAGAGAUGGGUGUUCGACUGUAAGAGAAAUAAGGAGCGGGAAUGACAUUCAUAAACUGGCUAUUGUGAAAGAGAAGUAGUGAGACACGGAGCCUCCGAUAUAAAAGAACAAGAAACUGAGGUGGUAGCGAAGGAAAGGUGGAGUCUGUUUCGGAGAGAGGAAACCGCACAAAUGUUCGGUACUGGGCGGUCCAGGAAUCGUGGAUUUCAGGGAAAUGAGCUGUGGUGCAGCCACAUUGGGAAAGCCGUAAGCUUUGGGAUAGUGGUGAGGCGGGAAAGGUCCUAUUUCAAUAGUACGGAGCGGGCUUUUCAAAUUUUCAAAUUACCCAAUGACAUAUGGCUCAUAACCAUCAGCCAAUCAAGAAGGAGAGUUUGCCUAUAAAUACAGCUAGUGUCACAACAGACGCUUCUCUUUCUUCUUUUUGUUUCAGAGCUAAUAACGUCUUGUGUUUGUUGCAAUGGCCCGGACCAAGCAGACCGCCCGUAAAUCCACCGGUGGCAAAGCUCCCCGUAAGCAGCUGGCCACUAAAGCUGCCCGGAAGAGCGCACCUGCAACUGGGGGCGUGAAGAAACCUCAUCGUUACCGACCCGGCACUGUUGCCUUGCGAGAGAUCCGCCGCUACCAGAAAUCCACUGAGCUGCUCAUCCGCAAGCUGCCCUUCCAGCGCCUAGUCCGUGAAAUCGCCCAGGACUUCAAGACCGAUUUGCGCUUCCAGAGCUCGGCCGUUAUGGCCCUGCAGGAGGCCAGCGAAGCCUACUUGGUGGGGCUUUUCGAAGAUACUAACCUGUGUGCUAUUCACGCCAAGAGAGUCACCAUUAUGCCUAAGGACAUCCAGUUAGCCCGGCGUAUCCGCGGCGAGAGAGCUUAAAGGCUACUCAGCCAUCUUCCAAAUGACCCAAAGGCUCUUUUAAGAGCCACUAAAGUUACACUUGAAGGAGUUGUAGCACGCCUAUAAGUAAGUCUCUAAGAUGCCACAAGUACUCUUUCUUUUUAUAAUGUAAGGGUUGUUCCGAGGUGGUACACCACCGUAGGUAAACUGCUUUUUAAUUUAAUAGGAAUAGUGCUCUCUUGUCUUUUCAGUAAAUGCACUUAUUCCCUAUUAACUGCUAAAGAAAACCCAUGCCAAAUACAAAGUUGCUAUUUAAAGCUUUAGCUUCAAGUCCCUUUCCCACUUUGGGGUGAUUAUUUGACAAACUCUAGAAAUAUUUCAUAUAAAAACCCUUUGCAAUCCGAAAAACAGUGAUGUUUCCUCUUUGAAAAUACUCAGCUACAUAGACUUCUGUAGGGAGCUGGGGGUAGUCAAGGAUUUCUUAGUUUACUUUUAACCAGAUUUAUCACAUGGAAACCUUUAUUCUCAGUCUGGCUAAAAGUAACCUGUAAACAAGCCUCCAAUGGGUUACUUUGGGGUGCGGUAUGUGAAUGAUAAACAAGGUUUGAACAAUUCCUUUGUAAAAUUCAAGCUAAUCUAAUUGGAAACGAAACACAAAUGCGAUCUUUUUCAGAGGAGGGAAGGAAGGCGGGAGACAAAGAAAGCGGCAUUCUUGUGUCCUAUUCUCCUUAACGCCGCGUAUUAAACCAGCUAGAUUCUUUUGCUCGAAGAUGUAUCAGGAUGAAACUGUAGACAGAGAAAUUUAGUCAUUUAACUUAUUGCAAGUAAUUACUAUUUAAAAAUUCCUCCAGUCUUUCAUCUGUUUAAGGCAGGACUGAAGGAAAUUAGAGAGAUCCCUCAUGAAGGUGCAGUGCCCCAUAGUCACAGAGGCGAGAAUUACUGAAGGGUAGUUGUGCCAACCUCUAAAUAACCGCAAAUUAAAACACAAAAUACGAGGAUCGAGAGACGUUUCAUCCCAUUCUUUGGGUUAACUAUUAUCCCCUCCCCUUAGCUCUGGUGAUUGACGUGCGUGAUGGAUGUUCAGCUGUAAGAGAGAGAGCAGGAAUGACAUUGUUUAAUGAACUGGUCGUUUUGAAAGAAAAAUAGCGAGACACGGAGCCUCUGAUAUAAUAGAAGAAAUAAAUAUGCACCGAGGAGGCAGAAAAGGGAAGGAGGUUUUGUAGACUGAGUGGCGGGGGCGGGGCCGGGGGCAGCAGACGAACGCGGCACUGGGGUGGUUCCAGGAGCCUGAAUUUCAGGGAACCAGCCAGCUUGUGGCGACCGCUUUCGAUCUGUGCUUCCAGAGCUCGGCCGUUAUGGCCCGAUAGGAGGCCAGCGAAGCCUACUUGGUGGGGCUCUUUGAAAGUAUUAACUUUAACUGUAUUUUCCACUGCAUGCAUCCGAUGAUGUGAGCUGUAGCUCACGAAAGCUUAUGCUCAAAUAAAUUUGUUGGUCUCUAAGGUGCCACAAGUCCUCCUUUUCUUUUACCUUGUGUGCUAUUCACGCCAAGAGUCACCAUCCUGCCCAAGGACAUCCAGUUACGCCGGCGCAUCCGUGGUGAGAGGUUUACAGGCUGCUCAACCCAGCCAUCUUCUGCAACUUCCAAACGACCCAAGGGCUCUUUUAAAAGCCACUACAUUCACGCUGAAAGGAGCUGUUUAACACCCCCAUACCUUUGAACAUCUGUUAUCUUUUAAAUACUUAUUAAUGUUCUUCUAUUAACAUUCCCAAAUAGCAAGAUUAUUCAGAUAAAUUAGAGAGGGAGAGGGGAAGCAUUUUGAGUUUUAGCUACAGGAACU